AUGUCUCGCCGCGCACCGCCUCAGGGCUACUACGAAGAGAAUGAUUAUGAAUAUGAACGAGAACGAUAUUCGCGCCCCCGACGACGAGAACCCGAAUUCGCCGAAGACAUGGAAUUUCGCCGUCGGCGAUCAAUGCCGCCGCCUGAGGACAUGGAGCGGCUGCGGACCCGGGAACGACCACCGCGCGAUAUUGUUCAGGAAAGCUUCGCACAACCGAGAGAGAGGGAGCGGAUGGCCAUGCGGAGAUCUAGAGAUGAGGUGGACGAAGCUGCUCGAGAGGUCGAGCGUGAACCUGACGAGCUCUACAUGCCUUCGCGCCGGCGACGUAGUCAUCGGUCUCGCGAGAUCGAAGAGGAGGAGCUCAUUGCCGAAGAACGGGAUAGACGUCGUGGUCGUAGAUCUCGAGAAGUCGAGGAGGAAAUCAUUUUCAACGAGAAGGAAAGGCGUCGUGUGCGCCACCCAAGAGAGGUUGAAGAGGAAGAUCUUUUGGUUGAAGAGCGAGAGCGACGUCGCGAACGCCGACCCCGUGAAAUCAAUGAAGAGGAGUUGCUUAUUGAUGAUAGAGAGCGCUAUCGCGGUCCACGUCGGAGAGAUAUAGAGGAAGAAGAAAUGAUCAUCGAAGAAAGAGAACGGAGGCGUGUCCCGCGUCCUCGAGACCGCGAGGAGGAAGAUUUGAUUAUCGAAGAAAAAGAGAAACGCCGUAUGCGUCGCCCUCGCAGAAUGAGCGAGAAUGACCGCAUCUACGAGGAGAGGGAGAGACGCCGUGGCCCCCGACCUCCGGAUCCCGAAGAAGAAUUUAUGAUUCACGAAAGAGAAAAGCGUGCAAGGAGGCGGCCCCGGCCAGAUCGGGACAUGGAAGAAGAGGAACUGAUCUUCAGGCGCAGAGAAGCACCAUCGCCCCCGGACGAGAAAUCGAUAACGAAAUGCCUCAGCGCCCAAGGAGCUUUGAAGAAGAUAGAGACGAACCGUUGGCAAGAUCCUCGGAAUCUCGCAGGCGACCCCGACCACGUGAUUCUCCCCCAUGGCGGAAGAAACCGUCGAGACCCCAGAAUCGACGAAGAAAGGAUCAUGCGGUGGAAAGAUCAACCUUCUCCUCGCGAGCAGGAAGAGGACAAGGAAAUACGCAGACGGGAGACGACGCGACUCAGACGCAGUCCACCAGAACCUAUACCGGAACGAGAGCCGCCAGGGGCGUUCCCAAUUGAACAAAGAGAUGACUUCCAAGAAGAUGUGGUGAUUGAGGAGAUGAAACAAAGACGCUCACGGUCAAGACCCCGUAGAACAACGGAAAUUGUAGAGGCGGCCGAUGAGGUCCUAAUUCGCAAGGACAAGAUAUCUCCGCCUCGAGAUCUUUCACCAGAGCCUAGUAUACAUGCGCCCCCUAUCCAUCAAGAUGUGAUAACCCACCAUCGACAUAUCGAUCAUGGAUUUGAAGGUGCCCGUGUGCCGCGUGCGCCUAGCCCAGAUAUUUCUUCCACGAGAACCAGCAUUGACGAAAUAGACGUUCGCCAUCGAAGCACAAAAGGUGGCCACAAAUCCGAGGAUGAAGUUGUUUCCAAGCAUCGCCACGAAGACGAGGAAGAAGAAGAAGAGGAGGAGGAGGAGGAAAUUGACGACGAUGACGAUGAUGAUGAAUCAAUUUCUCCAACCAGCGGUCCAUCUCUCGAAUUCUCCAACCCAUGGGAUAGCAGAACCACGGCUUCACGACACAAGCCACGCUCAUUCGAUGACGAAGGUAUCUCCAUGGCCGCACAAACAGCGCAUACCCGUGGGCGGCGGAAGAUGCCUCGCGGGUUCGAAGGUAGAAAAGAAAUCGACGUGGAAGAAAUCGAAGUCCACGAGAAGCGUUCCAUUCCUCGAUCCACAGCUGGGCUCUCAAAGGGCGUUGGUGACGAAUGGUCUGCGACUGAUACCCUGUCAAAGAUUGAGGUGGCCGAGAUGAGUGGAGCUUUGAGUGUCAUCGAGGUGGCUCCGAAACAUGCAGUAGAGGAAGAAUUGGAACGUGAGAUGAAGAUUGGCCAGCAGGUAGAGAAAGAACAUCGCGAUGAGCGAUGGACGGAGAUUACCAAGGAGUUGGUUGUUCGAGAAGCCAUUGAACGAAUUGGAUAUGAGUUUGAGGCGACCCCGACGCAUUACUAUGUAUUCUCUUUUCUUGAGCAGCGAGAUAUCGAUGAGCUAAUUGAACUCUCUGACGAGAUUCGAAGUGGGCGGCGUCGGCGUAUUCGUGAGAUGCAACGAGAAAGGAUGUCUCUUCCACCACCACCUCGACAACGACGAUCAUCGCUUGUGGAAAGGCUUCCGAUACGGCCACCACGCGUGACUGGAGAGAGGAGGGUGCGAGAACGAGAAUGGAUUAUUGAUCCUCGCCGCUCGGGCCGAUUUUGA